AUGAAUCUGACUUGCAACACUACGCUGGAGGAUAUGAAAAUAUCGCCUGGCUCAGAGCGCCUCAUUGCCGGUCGCCUCAACUUCCAUGACCUCGCUCGAGUCAUCUCCGCAUCGAGUACCCUCAUUGCCACAGCGCUCAGUUUGUACCUUAUUUGGAUGCACGCUCUGCACUACACCCAGCCUCGUGAGCAGCGAUACAUCAUUCGUAUUCUUUUCAUGGUUCCCGUGUACGCCAUCUCGUCAUAUUUGCAACUUGAGUGGUACUGGCAUGCCAUCUACUUUCAGGUCAUCGCGGAUUGUUACGAAGCCUUUGCUAUUGCGUCCUUCUUCGCGCUGCUGUGUCACUACGUGGCACCGGAUAUACGAAGUCAAAAAUCCUUCUUUCGCGAGUUAUACCCAAUUAAGCCAUGGGUUAUGCCAGUCAAUUGGUUUGCCAAAUGCUGUGGCGGCGAGCGAGGUAUUUGGAGAUUACCGAAGAGUGGCUUGACGUGGUUUAAUAUCAUCUGGAUUGGUGUAUAUCACUACUGCUUCAUUCGUGUCGCCAUGACCAUAUCUGCAGUUGUGUCACAGUACUUCAAAAGAUACUGCGAAAGUUCCAACAGCCCAGUAUUUGGUCACAUUUGGAUCAUUGUGAUUAACGCAAUAGCUGUUACAAUCGCAAUGUACUGCCUUAUCCAAUUCUACGUCCAACUCAAAGAGCCGUUAGCCGAGCACAAGCUUUUUGUCAAAAUUGUUGCCAUCAAAUUGGUCGUUUUCUUGUCUUUCUGGCAGGCAUCAGCCAUCUCGGUUGGCACAUCGACUCUCAGGAUUGUUCAUCCUAAUGAGGUUAUCGCAUAUCCCGAUCUAAAAGUCGGCAUCCCGGCUUUACUCCUUUGCGUCGAGAUGGCCAUGUUUGCGAUACUCCACCUUUGGGCCUUUCCGUAUGCGCCGUAUAUUGUCGGCGCACCCCGAACAUAUUAUCCCAACCCCAUCGCAGACAAGGCCUCUCCCGCCGUCGAAAACGAGCGCCAGGCGCCCUCGGGUGGUUCCAUGGGACUCAUGGCGUUGUAUGAUGCACUGAAUCUAUGGGAUUUCAUCAAAGCAUUCGGCCGAGGCAUGAGAUGGCUCUGCUGUGGAGUCAAGCGCCGCAAGGAGGAUAUCAGUUACCGCCGGAAUCGGGGCGACGGCCUUGACAUGGAUAACCUCCCUGACAAUAAAGAAGGCGGUGGCUCCCACGAACCCGGGCGAUCUGGAGCCGGCCAUCCAGGUCAGCACGACGAAUAUGGCUCAGUCACGCAAGCAUACGGGCAGCCCUCUCAGCAGGCAAACCCAUAUUACUCUUCUAGAGUUGAAGAAAGGGCUGGCUUGAUGGAUAACGCUCAGCCCAAUCCGGAGGCUCGUGACUAUUCCACAGCACCUCCGCAACUGCAACGAGAUGCGUCGCCGUACCAGGCAUUUGGGGCGAACCAGUCUCGCGAAUUCCAACACCACGACACUCGGCAGCAGACUGGUGUAAUGCAAGGGCGUUACAAUCCGUAUGACGGCACUGGCAGUGGGCUAGCCGCACCGACACGGGCACAGGCAGCCGUAUCGCAUAGUUUAUGGGGUCCAGGACAGCAGCCUCAGCCAUAA